UGAAUAUAAAAAGUUAUGAUUAGGCUACUUAAAGUACUUUCACACUAAAAUUAAAAAAAAAAAAUUUGAAAUGUGAAGUUAAUUGAUUUGGCUUGUGAAUGGCUCAAUUAAUAGUUUUUUUGGUAAGACUUAUAUUUAAACAAUAAUUACCAGUAAUAUAAAUAUUAUUGUUAUAAUUAGUGUAAUCAAUUUAAGAAUUAAUUGAUUUCUAUUUAUCUAUAUUGUUUUUUCAGGCUAUGUCCAGGGUUUGUGGUGACAAAUUAGCUGAAUUACAUCGGAAUGGUUUGAAAAAAUGGUCAAGUUUGGAUAAUAUGACUAUCCCUCGACACAACACUGCCAUAUUGUCUUGACAUAUAUUACACAUUUGCAGAAGGAAUGGAUAAUAGCUGUAUCAGAUACUUAGGAAAAUCAGGGAGAAACUAUAAACUCCAACCAAGUGGCUGUUCCAAUGACUAAAACUUUGCUAGUAAAAUAAUUAAAAUUUUCUGCUCAGGAAAUGUGGUACCAGUUUUUGCUUGGUACACAUAUCUUGUAUGGAUGAAGUGAACAAUGAUUGCAAAAUCAAAUGAUGACAUGGAUGUAUGGAUUGGAAUCUUGAGUGAUUCUACUCAUAGUCAAUACAAGCUUUCAUCUGUGCUGCUUUUUGGUUGUUAGAUGGAAAUAUCAACAGUUUUGAAAUGGAACAUUUAAAUUAUUUUUUGGUUUUAUUUAUUAUGUAACACUCAUCAUCAAAACAUAUAUCGUCAUAAAACUUCCUUAUCAGUUUGAACUUCAUUUCAGCAAUUAGAUGGCGUCGUUUGUAAAAGUAGGUAGUGGGGGUAGCAGCGAAGCAAUUAGCGAAGAGGAGGAUGCGGUGUCGAUUGACGUUUUGGGCUGACGGAUGAGUAUAAUAUGCUAGCCAUCAGUAGAAGAGAUGCUAAAUUUUAAUAACUUAAACAUUUAUUUUCUAUACAAAUUUUUAUUCUUUGAUAAAAAUAAAUAACAGCAAGAAAUAUGGUUGAUGUAAGAGCUGAAAUACUUGCUGCAAGUAGAACAAGAACUGGAUGGCUUGAAAGUAAUAUUCAAGAUAAUGAAAGAAAACCUUUCAUUAGCACAUUAAAACUGAAUUUUGAAGAAAAACGUGAAUUACAAGAAAAAUCUCCAAGUGGAAGUUCAAAGAUGGAAACAUCAAGAAAACUAGGCCCAAAAGUUAGCUCAAUUGCAAAUAUGUUUCAGUCUCUUUCACCUCAAAAAAAAGAUUCUCCAAAAUCUGAAAUUACUCCAACUCCUAUACCUCCUAAAGCAUCAAAACAAGUGGAGGUUGAAUUUAAUAAAACUGUAGAAAAUGAUACAAGUGAUUCAUCUCAUCAUUCUUCAGUUUCUUCAUCUCCUGUUCUUCACAAUUCAAAUCAUAUAAGUAGAUUUAAUAGUGCUCGUGCUUUAUUUGAGCAGCUUGUACAGAAUAAAAAAGAAGAACAUGAAUUUCCAACUGAACAAGAAAAAUGGACUGAUGUAACAACAACUGUUGUAACGACAGUUCAUUCUACAGAUCAUAAUUUAGAAUGCAACCAAGUUUCAUUUUCAAAUUAUAAUACUCAAAAAUGUGUGGAAGAAAAUCAACAGUUUGUAAUUAAUGUAGAUAUCAAUAAUGAACCACUUUCUCCCAUACCAUUAUCACAUUAUUUACCUGAACAUAUAUCAUCUAAUGAAGUAGAAAGAAAAGUUGAAUGGAAAGAUACAAGAAAAGAUGAUAUUUUAUCAAAUAUUCAAAAGCAAGAUGAAAGAUUAUCAAAUAGGUCAAACAUCAUUGAUAUUUCCAAACAAAAUGUUAAACCUGAAAAACUUCCUAUUGGAUUUACUUCAUAUUUCUCAGAUACAACAAAUGAUGGAGGAAUCAAGUGGUUCAGUACAGUGUAUGGUUCUUUAGAUCCUAAUAUACAGGAAAAUGAAAAUGAAUUGAAGGAACAGAAAAAUAAAACAGAUAGCAAUUCUUUGGAAAUUCAAACAGCUAAAUAUGAAGAUGUAUCAGUUUGUCAAUCAAAGCCCAAAGAAGCUGAACAAUAUAUUUCUAGUAACGAGAAAGAACAAGAUGUAACUGGAUUAUUAGAAAUACCAAGACAUGAAGAUGAAAAAUCUGAUUCUGGAGUUAGUAGUGCUAUUAUUGAUAGUGAAUAUGAAACUGAUCUGAUUCAAGUUUCUGAAGAUUCCUUAAAUUCAGUGCCUCUUAAUGAUCCAUUUAAUAAAUCAAAAAAUCACAUUCAGAUAGAAACUCCUCAAACAGUUACUUUACAAUUUCCAACAGCAUACACUUCUAAUAAAAAUCUUUUAUUUACAAAUCCAUCAGAUAUUAUUCCAAGAAGUACUGAUUCAUUAUCUAGAAAUUUUAGAAAAAUAAACCAAGAUGAUAGAUACGUAUGUAAUUGGAAUGAUACAGGAAACCAACAUUGGAAGGAAGGAGAGCAAUCAGAACCUUCUACUGAUCAUGAAUCUGAAUCUGGUAGUCCUUAUGAAACUACAGAUAUGUUACGUGAAGCAGCUGGUGAAACUUUAGCAGAAUUUGAAGGUCGAGAUAAUGAAUUAUUUUUUGUUGAAACUGUUAUAGGAUCAGAUGACCAUGGCAGUGAACCUGAACCAUUUCCAAGCCCUUCCAUCAACAGAGAUGUUGUUAAUAUUGAUUUUAGAACUCAUGAUGAUGCAAAUAAAUAUAUUAUUAUGAGACAGAGUGGAAGUGAUCAUUCAGAAACAUCUAGUUCUCUUUCUGCUCCACCAUCAAUCCAUGAAGAUGAAGAUGAACGAUUGACUCCCUGCAAUACAGUUUUGUAUGACAAUGUAAAGUAUUAUGUAUUACCUGAUGGGCAUUAUUAUACUGAAGUUCCUGGUUUGGGAGAUGAAAGUGAAGAAGACGAUGUGAUGUAUUGUCCCAUUCCACCUCGUCAGAAAUCUAAAGUUAAAUUUAGUCAUACACCUAUUAAGGUGUUUAGUACUCAUUCAAUUGAAGAUUAUGAUAGAAGAAAUGAAGAAAUUGAUCCAGUUGCUGCUUCUGCAGAAUAUGAACUUGAAAAAAGAAUAGAAAAAAUGGAUGUAUUUCCUGUUGAUUUGAUGAAAGAUCUAAUUAUAAAAUGUGAAACAGAACAUAAACUCCAAAAGUAUCAAAAAUAUAAAAUAAUUAAAGUGAAUGAUCAAAUAAUUGAAGUAGAUGGAAAGUCAUUGGUUGGUGUUACACAGGCAUAUGCAGCAUCUGUUCUUAGGAAUACUUCUGGAUUAGUAAAAUUUUUAAUUGGACGUGAAAAAGAAGGUGCCAAUAGUGAAAUUGCUCAAUUAAUUUCUCAAUCUUUACAAGCAGAUAAAGAACAAAAAAUGCAAGAAUCUCAAGACUGGGAAAAUUCUAUGGAAGAUUUAAAUGAAUAUGAUUGUUCUGCUAAUCAAAAAAAUGAUGAUCCACCAUUAGGAAUUCCUGACUUAGUUAAAGACAGUAGUGACUAUUUAUCAUUUGAAAAUGACACAGAAGCAUUAAAAAUUAAGUUAAAAGAGGCCCAAUAUAGGACUGCUAUAAGUGAAGCUGAAGUAAAGAAAUUGAGGGAAAAAGUACUUAAUUAUGAAUUUCUGCAAGCAGAACAGAUAGAUUAUAAACUUCAGUUAGAAGAUUUACAAAUGCAGUUGGAAGAAAAAGAAUCAAAUUUGUCUUCUAUGCAUCAAGAAAUAAAAUGGUCUCAACAAAUGUUAAAUAAAACUGCUGAACUGCAUAGUUUAUUGAAUAAAAAAUAUGGAAGAGCAAAGAAAAUUAUAAAAAAAUUUAAUCAAAGGGAGAAAGAAUAUGUACAACAUGAAGAAUAUCGAACACAGCAAAUGCAAGAAAUGGAUAAAGAAUAUAAUGCUUUAAUAAAGGCUUUGAAAGAUAGAGUAAUUAUUUUAGAACAGAAAUUACUAGAAGCACAAAGAACUGCAGGCUUGCCAGCACAGAUUCCAAGUGAUUCACUUGUUCAUCAAUUAACUGCACAAAUUGAACUGAACAAUAAAUCAAGGAGAAGUAUACCAGUAAGAAAAAUAGAAGUGGAUAUAUCAGAUGGUGAAUUAUCUGAUGAUAGUACUGACAUAAGUCAAGAAAACAGUGAACAGAGUAGAAUAUUAAAUAUGGAAACAACAAAAGAGUCAGAAAAAGAAAAAAGUGAAAUUCCCAUUGGUGAAAAAUCAGUUUAUAAAAUUACACAGAAAGAAACUAAAUUUCCAUCAGAAAUGAAAGAAUCAUUAUUAUCAAAGACUUACAAAGAUGAUUCAAAGAAAGAAUGUGAGAGAAGUAGCAUUAGACAUGAAGCAACAGUUUCUCAAGAUGGUCAUAACUUAUCUACUUCACUCAAAGAAGAGAAAAGAAUAUCUAAUUCUGACAGGUUUUCAGAACCUGUUAAGGUAAUUAAUGACAAGUUACAAUCUAAUUUACAAAAUAUAGCAGGAAGUUCAGCAGCAGCUUCAAGUAGCAAAAUUAAGAAUCCUCAGCCAUUGAAUGUUUCAAAACCAACUGGAUCGAGUUAUCCUCAGCCAGAAAGAAAACUUUCUUUUGCUGAGGAAAUAAAAAUAGCUGUGCUGGAAUGGCAGACCAAAGGAAGAAAUGAUAACGAGCAAGAAAUAAAUGAUAUAUCUUCAGUUGCCAAAUCUCAACCAUCACAAAAUUUAAAUGAAUGUCAAAUUUCUCAGGAAUCAAGUGAAAACAAAAUUCCUGAACAAAGUGUAACUCCAAGCAGGGUAGUUAUAUCUGAUAGAUCUACAAUUCCAGUAGAAAUAACACAAAGAGGAGGAGGAGGUGAUCAGUCUCUUGUGCAGCAUGAAGCCAAAUUAGCAGUUAGUAAAAAAUCUCCAAGCCAAAGUAUUGAGGGUGCUAUUUCAAAGUCACAAGAAAUGGAACAUAGAAGAAUUAUUCCCCAUCAUAUAAAUAUUGAAAGAAGCAAAAAGCCUCAUCAUUGGCAAGGUGGUCCCAUCCAUCUCUGGACGAUCACACAAGUAGGACAGUGGUUAAUAGCUAUGGGUCUUGAGCAAUACGUCCAAAAAUUCCGAGAAGCCAACAUCAACGGACAAACCUUACUGCAGUUGGACAGUUGUCGUUUGAAGAGUUUAGGAAUAACGAAUAGUCACGACAGAUCUGUGGUCAAGAAAAAGCUGAAAGAGAUUAAGUCGACUUUUGAAAAAGAAAAAAGAGCUUAUGAAAAAGAACAAAAAGUAAAAGAGAAACUUCAGAAGAAAGCAGAAAAAACUCUGAAGAAAAAAUAAUACAUUAAGAAAUAGUAUUUUUUUCUUAUUGGUCUUUUAUUAGAUUUCAGAUAAAAGUUUAAAAAAUAUUUGGGAAAAAUAUAUUUAUUAUAUAUCAAUAUACAUACAAGAUACUAUAAUCUUAGUGAUAUUAUUCGAAAUUACUAUACAUAAACUUCAUUCUUUUGUGUAGUAAUCUCGAAUUACAUCAAUGAAUAAAUGCACAAAAUUCUUUCUAAAAUACCAAAUUUACUAAUAAAUUUGAUAGUUUCUGUAUAUUAAAAUUUAAAAUUAAAUAUUAUACAAGAUAAUUUGUUUAAAAAAACCAAAUUAUAAACUUUUACCAGAAUUUAAAUCUAUAAAUUUGAGAUUUGGAAUUACAGAUUUUUAUCUUAUUUUUUGUUUUAUUUCUUACAAAACGUUUUGUGUACAGUAAAUUUGUCACAUAGAAAUGAUUGUUAGAUUAUGUACAUAAAAUGACAAAAAAGUUUAAAAAGUUUAAACUGUAGAUACAGAAUAAUGUAUUGUAUAGAUAUAUAUAUAUAUAUAUAUACACACCAAAAAAACGAAAAUUUCAAACUUUUUGCUCAAAAAUGUGCAAAAUUACUUUCCUCUUUCCCAUUAAAAAUGUUAUAUAUAACAUGUAAGAUCAAAUUUAAUUUUGAGAAAAAUUAAUGCUCCAAACUUUUGAGUAAAAAGAAAAUAUUUUUGGAUGUGUGAGCAAAUUUUAAUUUGAUAUUUGUAAAUGGAAGAAAGGGAAAUGGUUAAACACCAUCUUUAUUUUCUUAUUUUGCAUUUAUUUGAAACUAAACUUUGUUUUCUUUAAGGGAGCAAGAAAAUUGGAUGCUACGGCAGAGCCCAUUUGCAAAAUCUAAUGGCGAUCUGCCUGCCGUGGUCAUCCAUUCCAUACAUCUCUUAUGAUGUAUUUAGUUUGUUACUUUAAUAUAAUUCCAAAUACUUUUUCCAUUUAUUUUUUUAUUAAUGGGACCAUUUUAUAUUAAAAUUCCUUUUAAAAAUUUUCUGUUCACAUUCACUCAAUUCCAUUAAAAAUUUCCCUGGAUUUCCCAUUAAUGGAAUUGUUUCCUGCUAGGAAACAGAAUUCUGACUACUUGGGUCACAGAAUUUGUAUUCAUGACAUAUGUAUGAAGUACAGAAAAGUGUUAAUAGUAAAUAUAAGCAAAACUUGUAAAUAUGUACUUAUUAAUUUUAAAAAUAUAUGCAUACAAUUGUGUGUAUAGCAUGAAUAGAUUUUUUUUGUGUCCAAAAUUUAUAUCUCCUUCAACUGUAUCCAAUAUUGUUACUUUAAAUUCAUAGAUGUUAUUUGUCAAAACACUGUGAUGAUAUCUCAUUAUUACAUUAUUUGUAAAAAGUUGUGGUUGUAUCAAUUUACAUUAAUUUAUAUUUUGUAGCAGUAAAAUCAACAAAAAUUUACUUAAAAAACUGAAAAAAUGUUUUUUGUGUAUA